AUGUCGAAAGUUCCAGACUGGGUCCUCGAUUCUAAGCUUGAGACUUAUUUUCGUUCCAAAUACGAGACCGUGCAUACCUACUAUGAACAGGAAUCCCUUUCACGACGGCCAAUAAAGAAGACAGUACACUGGCAGCGGGAGAAGAAGAUUGGAAGCGGUGGGUUUGGAGAGGUGUGGCUAGAGAGAUGCACAAAAGGGAAUAAUCAUGGCUAUCAAGUCCGCGCAACAAAGAAAAUGGAGGUCCGCCACCAGAUAGACUACAGCCGUGAGCUCGAGGCUAUUGCGAAAUUCUCGCACUCGAAGUACGAGCGAUGCUUUGUCAAGUCUUUCGGGUGGUACCAGACCGAAACCAGCUUAUUUAUUACAAUGGAAUAUCUUGAGCUAGGCGAUCUACAAGAUUAUCUCCGCGACAAGCACAAGCCGCUACCGGAAUUCGAGGCGCGGGGGAUAAUGUCGCAAAUUCUUGAGGGCCUUGAUUUGAUGCACGAUAAUGGCUUUGCACAUCGCGAUUUGAAACCGAAUAAUAUCCUUUUAAGAUCAUGUCCGCCAGGGGAUUGGUGGGUAAAAAUCGCAGACUUUGGGAUCAGCAAACGUAUCGGAGAUGAGGUUGCAAAAUCAACAACCAUGAAGGGCACACCGGGAUAUAUUGCUCCGGAGGUCUAUGAAUUCACUAAGCGCGGUACGCCGUAUGCCGUUGACAUGUGGGCUGCUGGAGAAGUUAUGUUCCAUAUUUUGACGAAGCAAGCCACAUUCAAGCAUCCCGGAUUGCUCUACAACUAUGUCCAAACGCCUACCGUCUUUCCUUCCAGUAGACUCGUCGAGAACCAGGUCAGUCAAAUCGGAGUUGAAUUUGUCUUACGUCUUAUGGAUCCCACCCCAGCAGGCCGAAUGUCUGCCAAGGAUGCUUUACAGCACAGGUGGAUUGAUGAGCCAUUGUCCUAUAAUAAUCGGAAUUAA